AUGUCUGGUCAAGAUAUUUCGCCUGGAUCGGUGAUUACCUUGACCGACGGACGACAGGCCACCGUACGCUUCAUCGGCAGCACACACUUCGCAGUUGGAGACUGGAUCGGCGUGGAAUUGACAGAAGCGACUGGAAAGAAUGAUGGUGCGGUUCAAGGAGAGCGAUACUUCGAUUGUGAGGCAGGGUUUGGCAUGUUCAUCCGGCCGACAGCCAUCGGCGCGGUUCUACAACAAGCUCCGCGGGAGAGUAAACAAACGACCCGACCCGGUACCAAUACGUCCACCGGCAGGGUCUCAGUCUCUGCGGGCUCGAAGAAACCAGCAGGAAUACCGCCCAGUGCUUUAAAAAGACAAAGCAUCAAUGCGUCCACUCCUACGCCGGCUCCGAGGGGGGCUCAAAGGUCAUCUCUGAGAUCUCCCACAAAGUCUCCGACAAAACAUCUAUCUUCAGCGGCUCCUCCCCGUGCUUCGAUCAGCGGUGCUUCGCGUACUUCUGUUGUGGCUUCAAACCGGCCUCGCCCAGCACCUACCACCCGACCCUCGGUCGGACCAUCCACAACCCAGACAGCAGCACCAAGAGCAUCACGUCCGUCUAUAUCCGGCUCCACACGGUCAUCGCGACCAGGUUCCCAAAGCAAUGUGUCCACUACUGGCCCUGCCUUGUCAAAACGUCCUUCCUUACGCCAAGCAGCCCCUACCAAGGCAUCGGAUGAGACAGGGGUGAGCGGACCUUCGGAAGAGCCAACAGAUAACGAAUCUAUGGCUGCUGAUGAUGGUUCGCCAGACAUGGGCGCGGGAUCUGCACCGUCGGCCAAGCCACCUAGACAAUCUAUGGCUGCGACCCGCUCUGCGGCCUCUCGCCCUGGAGCUCCAGGAUCUACAGCCCAACGGCAGAGCUCUGCUGUCUCCCGAGAACUGGAAGAACUUAACACCAAGCUCCGCGUGAUGGAGAAAAAGCGAACUGAAGACCGCGAAAAAAUGAAGGUUCUCGAACAACUCCAGUCUGAGCGUGAUAAGUUUGAGUCUAUCAUUCAGAAGCUGCAGUCGAAAUAUCAGCCCCAGCAAAUGGAGAUCACUGACUUGCGCAAGAAGCUUAAAGAAAGCGAGGCUCGUUUGGAGGAAGUCGAACGAGUGCAGGCUGAGCAUGAGUCGCUUAUGGAAAUGGCUGCGCUUGAUCGAGAGAUGGCGGAAGAAACCGCGGAGGCAUUCAGACACGAAUGUGAUGCGCUCCGGUCUAAGAUGGAGGAACUUAACUUGGAGGUGGAGGUUCUCCGAGAGGAGAACGAGGAGUUUGCUCAAGUGACAAGCCCCGAAGAGCGAUCCAGCCAUGGGUGGCUACAAAUGGAAAAGACAAAUGAACGACUUCGCGAGGCACUCAUUCGACUUCGUGAUAUGACACAGCAGCAAGAGUCUGAUCUGAAGUCUCAGAUCAAGGAAUUGGAACAAGACCUCGAGGAAUACUCUGCAGUGAAGUCCGAUUUCGAAGCUACCAAGGAAAGAUUAUUGGUCGCAGAGACUAAUGUGGAUGAUCUCAAACAACAAUUGGAGACUGCGCUGGGCGCAGAAGAAAUGAUAGAAGAACUCGCCGAUAAGAACAUGCGGUACCAAGAAGAAAUCAAUGAGCUCAAAGCGGCCAUCGAAGAUUUGGAAGCCUUAAGGGAGAUCAGCGAUGAGCUGGAAUAUACCCACAUCGAGACUGAGAAACAACUCCAGGAAGAGAUUGAUUAUCGCGAGGGCGUGUUCACUGAGCAAUCCCGGAAGAUUGUUCAGCAAGAUGAGGUUAUUGAGGACCUUGAAUAUACACUAUCUCGCUUCAGAGAGUUGGUGACAAAUCUUCAAUCUGAUUUGGAAGACAUGCGAGCAUCCCAGCAGAUCUCAGAGGUGGAAGCUACUAACCUCACAACCCGAUCACGGGCUAUGAUGGACCUCAACAUGAAGCUCCAAGCCUCCGUAUCAAAGGCACAAACCAAGUCUAUCGAUGUGGAACUUAACCGCAUGGAAUCCGAAGAGGCUGCGCAGCAUCUCUCAAUUGUCAAGCUUUAUCUACCAGAGUACUUCGACGGGGAACGGAACGCUGUUCUGGCGCUGCUGCGAUUCAAGCGUGUCAGCUUUAAGUCUGUUGUUAUGAACAGCACUAUUCGCGAGCGUAUUGCUGAGCAGUCAGCAAUUUCUAGCCACGAAGAGAUUUUUAAUGCCUUGGAAGUUUCUGAGCACCUCUUGUGGAUCUCCAGCGUUUGUGACCGAUUCGUCAGCUACAUUAACGCUUGCACGCCAGAUCAAUUCGAAGGUAUGAAGGCUGCUUUAUUUGAGAUGGAACCAGUUGAACGCACUCUCAAUUUUUGGAUUGAAAGCUUAAAAAAGAAUGAGGUCAAUAUGAAGAAGUUUGCGGUGGAAUUGCAGAGAUCGAUCGCGCUUCUGGCACAUCUGGCAGAAACCCUUCUACCACCCAGCCCAGAGACCUUUGCGGGUGAAUUGACCAUGCGAGCAAAUCUAUCUCAGUCAUACCUCGAUCAUGCAGCGACAGCCAUCGCUCGACUGAAGUCUCUCAUCCAGUCUAAACUACCAACUCCGGAACAAAAGAAUGAAGCGGAGGAGGGCAGUGAAGGCAAUGAGGCUAACGACCCUACUGAGAGUGAUGACAGCAUGGAAGAAAGAGCUUUUGCUUUUAAGCAGCUCGAUGCCUUUGUUUCUCACUCCCGCGGUUACAAGGUAGCCAUGGGCAAGAUAUAUCGGGCCCUCGAAGAUUUGCGCUCGAGAUCCCUUGCACUUUCAAAGCAGGCCGAUGAGCCAUUUAAGCAGACCGAGGCUUUCACUCGCGAGCUCUCAGAACUUUCCCGUAGGCUCGGGGGAGCUGUUUUGAGUCUGACUAGUGACGAAGGUCGUGUCGAACCUUACACCCUCAAAGAGAUGCUGGAUAGCAUGUCGCAAGCUUGCGCAGAGUUUACCCAAGGAUCAGAAAGCCCCGCAGAAAGUAAUGAUCCGUUCUCUUUACUUCUGAAUAAACUGCGUGCGCUGGCUGGCCAGAUGGACGAGCUCGAUUCGAUCUCCACUGAUCUUUCUCGUACUAGCGAGUUUGAGAGGGGCACAUUCCCCUGGAUCGCGCGAGCAGACGAACUCAAGUCCAACAAGACCAUUUCGCCUGAUGCUGAUGAAGAGAUUCGUCGUCUGAAGAACGAGGUCCACGAAGUUUCCACUGCUCUUGGUGUCAAGGACAAUACGAUCGAGGAGCAGGGCAUCAAGAUUGAACUUCUGGAAUCUCGAAUGAAGGAGGCGAGUAAGAAGGCGUCCAUGGUCAAGGAUCUGGAAGUGAAGAUUGAAGAGGCCCAGAAUAAUGGAAUGGAGCUGGAGAAGACUGUUGAGCAACAGAAGAGAGAACUCCAAACCGCCGAGGCAGAGCGGGAUGAAUACAAGACUCGCCUGGAACGCAUGAAGCGUGUUUCCGGUACUGCAGGCGUCAAGACCACAGGCGAUGGUCUCGUUAUCGACAACGAAGCUUCUCUCGCUGCUAUGCAUGAGAAUGAGACUCUGCGUGCUGAGGUUGAGAGCCUUCAAUCAGCUGUUCGUUUCUUGCGCGAAGAAAACCGCCGCGCCAAUCGCAUGGACCCGUACUCUAUCCAGCAGUCGACUGACAUGUACUCCUGGCUUGACGCUCCUCUCACCCGGGCGGACCCUACAGUGGAGCAAGAGAAGAUUCAACGCACUGCCCUGGAAAGCCGGGAUGUCUUUACUCAUCUGCUUAAAUUGACUAAGGAUUCACGUGUUUCUGACCUGAAGUCCACAAUGAUCCCAUCGACAACCGAUGAUGGUAGCUCCGCCAAUCGUACCACAUGGCGCCCUGCCAAGUCUCGGCUCCGGUACCAGGUGCUCCAACAGCGCGAGCACUACGAGCACUGGGCCGAAUGGCGCGAUGAGAUUGUCAACCACGAGCGUGAACAGGACCGUCUCGCAGCCGCUAAGCGCGAGCGUGCUUUACGUGAUCGUAUGCCGAAACAUGCUCACAAAGCUUCUGUCGAGUUCCCUCAGGGUCUUGGACAUGGCAUGAUGGGUCGUGCAUGGCAAAUUCUUGGUAUGCAGAAUCACCGCAAGGGUGGCUCCAUUAGUGGGCCUGCUCCAGACGGCGUGGAAAUUGUACCUAUAGAGUGA